AUGGUAAAGAAGAGUCUUUAUUUCUUUGCAUGCCUGUCUUUAGUCUUUAUUUCUCUCGUUAAAGCUGAUGAACAAAUCAGUGGACCGUCAUCUGAAGAAGAAAAUCUAACAGACGAACAGCUGAACAAUUUCAAAGAUGCGGUCGAUAAGGGAAUCGUUGAGAAACAUAUAACUUGCGAAAAUCACGAGGAAUUCUGCAAAAGAGAAGAAGGAAACAUUAAGGAUAAGAAGAAGAGUACUUGCAGGAUCAUCUUGGCUAAUUAUUUGUGUAAAGGUCCUCAGAAUCUAGAUACGAUGAAAGUCGUAGUAGACAAACUCAUGAAGCUCGCCGACGAUGAAUAGCGAUUAGAAGAAUUGGCGAAUUAAAAAUGUAUGGAGUUCAAUGUCUAUUUUGAUUUGAUAUAUUGUACUGUGAUUGCUGUAUCUUAUUAUAAAAUAUAGUAGCAAUUCUCCAGUAA